AAAAAAGUUGCAGUUUUUAUAUUGGAUAUAACAAAAGGUUAAAAACACGUUGAAGAAGAAGUUCGGACGUUUCUAAAUUUGGAAUUUUCACAAAUUCAUGGUAAUGUCUCGCGAACGCUCAGACAAAAAACUCAAAACAAAUAUACGCAUGCAUUGGUGUUCAACACAUCUUCUAAUGACUAAUCUUAGCAAUAUUUAAAUGUAUUUGGUGAAUUUUAUGUAAUACUAUAUGACCAGAUGAAUAUAAAUUAGUCUGACUAAGAAACAAUUUCAAAGUCCAUUAAAUAAACAUAGAUUAAAAGCAAGCCGGAACAUUUUCUACACUUUAAUUGUGAUGAAUGACUACUCAAACCAAUUUUUAAUACAAAUCAUUGACAGAAGGUUUCAACUUCAUAAAUGUUCAUGUUAAGGUUAGGCUGAAGAAUGAGUUCCAUGCUAGUAGCAGCGAUUGAUUUCGGAACCACAUAUUCCGGAUGGGCCUUUUCUUUCAAGCAUGACUUUGAUAAGGAUCCAACAAAAGUUUCCGCCAAAAAUUGGAUCGGCGAUCAACUUGUCUCGGCAAAAGCACCAACAUGUGUUCUGAUUAAACCGGAUGGGAAAACGUUGCAUUCAUUUGGAUAUGCUGCGGAGACCAAGUAUGCGAAUCUUGCAGAAGAAGGGACUCACAAACGAUGGUACUACUUCCGGAGAUUUAAAAUGAUGCUUUAUGACAAGAUGACCAAUUCCAAGAAACUAGCAGUUAGAAUGCAGCUUGGUAAAGAAUUACAUGGAAAAGGCAGAUUCUUUAUAAGACACUUAGCGGUUUCGAUUAUAAAAAGCAUACAUAUAAAAACAGUGUUCUCACUUGCAAUUAAGUUUCUGAAGCAAGAUCUUCUGGAAGAUUGUCACAAACAACUUGCUGAUGUCUUAACAGAAGAUGAUAUUAAAUGGGUUCUAACAGUGCCUGCAAUUUGGAAUGAUGGAGCAAAACAGUUUAUGAGAGAAGCGGCAGAACAAGCUGGUAUUCCAGGGUCAAAGUUAAAGAUUGCACUUGAGCCGGAAGCAGCCUCUCUUUACUGUCGAUAUUUGCCCGUUCAGAAAGGCCAUGAACAAAAUUCCUUAGCUUCAUUCGAACCAGGGACGAAAUAUAUUGUCUUAGAUGCUGGAGGUGGAACUAUUGAUAUCACGGUUCAUCAAGUCAUAGUAGAUGGUAAACUCCGAGAGUUACACAAAGCUAGUGGAGGGGCCUGGGGAGGAAGUAUGGUAGACAAAGCUUACGAACGAUUUCUUUCAGAUAUAGCAGGUAUCUACGAUUUUCUAAGAAUGCAAAUCAUUCAUAAAAGUGUGGGCCUGCAUCUACUUAUAAUAAAAAAUGAGGCAAAUUUGGCAAAAGAUGAUGCUUUGAUACUACGGUUUGCAUUGCUCGAAUGGCCAAAGACAUUUCAACAGUUUAAGAAAGAGCAUAUGGAUGAUUAUAUUGAUCUGCUCCGAACGUUUGAGGUUAAGAAAAGAGAAAUAUCACCAGGUCAGUCAGACAGAGUGACAUUUCGCAUACCGCCUUCACUUGCAGACACUAUCAAAGAUGCAGGAUUGUCGAUAAUGGACAAAAUCAUGUCAUCACCUUUCAGAGGAAAUAUUAGUUAUGUAAGCGGUAAACUAAGAGUUGACGCUGAAAUUGUUCUGUCAUUUUUCGCAAAAUCGGUAGAUAGUAUUGUACAGCAUUUAGCGUCGUUAUUGAGAGAAAGGAUCAAUAGAGGAUGUACAGCUAUUGUUAUGGUUGGUGGAUUUUCGGAGUCAAUCAUUCUUCAAGAUGCUGUUAAUUGCGCAUUUGGAAGAAGGUACAAUGUUAUUAUACCACACGGGGCUGGUUUAGCUGUCUUGAAAGGGGCUGUUAUUUUUGGUCAUCGGCCAAGCACAAUCUCCGAGCGAAUAUGCAAGUACACAUAUGGACAGUCCGUUUCGCAUAAAACAACUAGUGCUUGUGAUCAUCCGCCGACCAGGACAAUAUUUUUCAAGAAACACAUAACAAUUGGACAGACUGUAAAACUAGAGGAAGAACAAAUGGAAAUGAUCACAUACCCUACUUAUGCUGACCAAACAAUUAUUGGCAGGGAAAUAUAUGCAUCAAAAUCGCCUGACCCUUGUCUAGUCACUGAACCAGGUUGCAUCAAAAUAGGCCAUUUCGAAAUACCUAUUCCAGAUACUUCACUUGGAACAGACAGAGAAAUCGGAACAAGGUUUAUAUUUGGUGACACAGAGAUUGCCGUAAAAACUGAAGAUAAACAAACAGGACAAGUUCAAAUUCAUUCGAUCGACUUUUUAGAAUGACCUUGGUUCCGUAUUCCUUGUAUGGUAAGUGAAGAUUUUCUUUUUUUAUUACAUAAAUAAGUACUAUGAUUUUAGUUCCGCAUAUCGUUGUUUUUAAUCAAUCAAGAUAAUUAUAUGUAAAUUAUAUGUAAAAUAGUUCGAUCACUUUUCAAUUCGCUGGCACAACGACGUGGUAAAGAAUGAAAAUUAUUUAACUUUUAACUUCUUUUUAUUCAUUGCGUAAGCUUUGUUUAUAAGUUUAUUUACUUUGUAGAACGCUUUAUUGACUCUGAAUUUUGUGGACAUUUCAGCGUUACGAAGUUUGAGGUGGUCAAGUCUUUGUUGAUCGGUAAUAAUUAAUUUUAUCGUAAUUAGUAAACUUCAAUAAUUGGAUAAGACAGCGUCACGCCGUAAAACAUAGAAAACGACCAAAGUAUGAUGUUUGGCGGUACAAAUUGAUAUAUGUAUUUCAAAGUAUGUUUCAAGGAUAUUUUGAUAUUUGUUAGCUAAUUUUCGACAUUGCUUAUUUAAGUGUUUUUCCUGACAUAAAACUUUAGUAUUGUGGAAGUUUAAAAAAUAAUCACGUACUAAGUAACGAUACACUAAUCAGUUAUCUGAUUUUUUUUCAACUGUGCAAGGCUAUAAUAACAUUAAAACUUGUGAUAGUGUAUUAUGAAUAUUGUUUAAAUCAAUGGCAAUGACUUCUAAUGGAAUAAAUGUCCCAUUGAGUUUCUAGAUUUAUCAUUAUCCAAGUUAAGUGAUAUAUGUAGCUGUAAGUAGAUACUUUCCAUAUAGCUAGACGAAAGAUACUUCUUCAAAAAAUGUGAAGAAAUUUAUGUAAGUACAUGUAGAUAUUGUUAUAUAGCUGAAGUUACUAUGUAUUAACCUCUAAGAAAAAUGUUGAUCAAUUGUUUUUUGUGUGUCUCAUUUAUUGUAUCAAAUUAUAUUAAUUAUGACCUAAUAUCAGUUAUAACAAGCAUAUAAAUUGUGUUUCAUUGAUUUCAUUGAUUUUAAGUAUCAUUGUUGAUUUUUGUAUAAUUUAUGGAUGUAUAUAUUUAGUACUGUGUGUAAAUGUUAUGAAUUGUUUAGGAUGUAAUCAUCCUAAAAAUUAAAUCAAGUUUAAGAUUAUGUAAUCAGUAUCCGGAUUUUUUUCUUCUUUUUUGUAGAUCUUGUAAAUUGUAUACAGUAACUACUUUUGUUUUUAAGCUUUAAAGAUAUUGGUUAUCAAAUGUAGUAAACAUAAUUGUAAACAGAAUGAUUUUGCCAAUUUUUUUAUUAUAAUUACUCUAUGCAUUCGAGAUUUGGGGAAAAAGUACAUCAUUCUAUAGAAAUAGAAAUAGUGCUAUAAAAAGUUUGUAAAAUAAUAUUAAAUGUAAACAUGAUUAUCGCUAACGCAGCUGUUUAUUGUGAACUUGUACGGAACCCUUGUAUGUUUUGAAAUAUGUUAAAACGUUGAAUGAA